GAAAGUAGAGAGAGAGGGAGAGAGACACCGAGAGAGCAUAGGGUCAGCCACGCCGCCUCCAGCUCGCCACGGGCCGUCAGCCACGACGCCGCCCAUCCGUCAGAGCCACCGCAGCCGCCUCCCACUAACCCAUGUCGCCGCCACAGGCCCACAGCCACUCCAGCGCCUCCGGCAGCUUGAUCUGCCCAACCCACCACCUUCUCCGGCUGCUGCAGCCUCCAGCCUCUAUCCCGAUCUGCCCUUUCAAAGAUUUUGACAUGGAUGAUGCAAUUAUUUCACUUCCUUUUGAGUGUGAGCCUAGCGUACUUAGUGUUUGGCGUUAUCAUUAUGUGCCUGCACUAGUUGUCAUGACUUGUGUUUUUGCGCUCAUUAUGUCGAUGCUCUACGUGGCAUACCAUUAUGGACUUAUUAGGAUUAGAGUUUACCUCUGGAUUCCUGUGAUUGUGUUUCAUGAUGGGUCUCAUGUUCCCUAUAACACGGAGAAGUGUUGUAUUUGUCUGCAUUGCUUUGUUGAUGGAGAUGAGUUGUCGAGUCUUCCACCAUGCAGGCAUGUGUUCCAUCGCAGUUGCAUUGCACCCUACUUGGCUCUAGCCUCUACAUGCCCCUAUUGUCGAGGUGUCAUUUCAUUUGGAGAUGAUUGAGUGGGACUUUCAAAUGAUGGGAUGAGGAUGCUCAAUAGUAGGUUUUUUUUUUUUUUUUUUUUGGUGGUGUGUUACAUUCUCCUGUAUAGGCUCACUAUUAUGACUAUGCUCAUAUGUGUAUAGUAGAAUAAGUUUUUUAAUUUUUAAUUUUUUUAAUUUUUAAGAAAA